AUUGGACUUUUAUUUGUCAAAACACGUUUUCACACGGACUUAACAGAAAACUUAUAAACUACUAAAAUUUAUAAAUUCAUCUAAAUCCGAUUUUAAAGAAAAACACGUGACCCUCUCGCAGACGCAGAAGUAAAACGCCAAAACAAAACGCCAUUUUUUGUCGAUUCUUCGUCGUCCUCCUUUGAAAUUCACACCAAUUUGUCUCUCUUCCUAGAGAAACAAAAGAUUAUUCGAAACUCGGGAAAGUAUCAUCCGGUCACCGGAAAAUUGAUUAUUUCCGAUGCCAAUAGGUGACCGUCAGAAUCCGAGUGUGGAGAAGAAGAAGAACCUCUUCAGGCUAUGUCCGUUUUGGCAGAGGAGAAGCACCACUUCUUCAUCUUCAACACAGAAUCCAAACCAAAACUACCGUAGCCGCCAUGGAAAUCGGAAUACAGAUAUUUCCGCCGUCUCUAAGCCUCCGUUGACUAUGUCUUCCGUCGCCAGAUCACUUCUUCCAGCUCGCCGUCGUCUCCGACUAGAUCCUUCUAGUUAUCUGUAUUUCCCUUAUGAACCUGGAAAACAAGUUCGCAGCGCAAUAAAGCUUAAGAACACUAGCAAAUCUCAUACUGCAUUUAAGUUCCAAACAACGGCACCUAAGAGUUGUUAUAUGCGUCCUCCCGGAGGUGUUUUGGCUCCAGGAGAGAGUGUUUUUGCUACUGUGUUCAAGUUUGUGGAACAUCCAGAGAACAAUGAAAAGCAGCCGUUGAAUCAGAAGAGCAAGGUUAAGUUUAAGAUUAUGAGCCUGAAAGUUAAACCAGGAGUAGAGUAUGUGCCUGAGUUGGUAUGUUAUGUCGCUCCUUUCUAAUUCUUAUUAGUUUACUUACAAGUCCAAUGUUGGAAGCAAUUUUAUUCAAUCUUAGAAAUAUGACUCUUAUAGGCUGAAACAUUGCAAUUGAUAGAUAGGUUUUAAAAGGAUAAGUGUUAGGUUUUCAAUAUCGUUACCUCCGAUUCCUUAACCAAACUGGCACACACUAACACACCAUACAAGAGAGAGACUAGCACAUCACUAGCUCAGCUCUCAAUACACCAUACGAGAGAGACUAGCACAUCACUAGCUCUGCUCUUAAGUCUCUCAUACCAUUCAACAACUAUCAACAUAAACCUCUCUAAACAUUCAGAGCCAUUAUUUAUACUCGAACUGAGUUUGUUCAAGAUAUUUUUAGAUCCUAAAAAUAUCUUCUUCUUCAAGCAAGUUUCUUCUCACGUGCCUCCUCACUUGAACGUGUCUUCUUUUGCUUUCUCUCAUUCACAUUCUUCUUGAUACAUCAAUCGUAUCAAUAAGCCCUCUCUGUCUCAGAGAUUCUUAGGCAUAAGUCCAUCGAUGAUGCAUUUUUGGGUGUUUAUUGUGCAGUUUGAUGAGCAAAAGGAUCAAGUAGCAGUGGAGCAGGUUCUUCGGGUCAUUUUUAUUGAUGCGGACCGCCCAAGUGCUGCAUUGGAGAAACUGAAACGUCAAUUGGAUGAAGCUGAAGCUGCAGUUGAAGCAAGAAAGAAGCCUCCCCCAGAGACAGGGCCUCGAGUUGUCGGGGAGGGUCUUGUCAUAGACGAAUGGAAGGAGAGAAGAGAGAAGUACCUUGCUCGGCAACAAGUCGAAUCCGUAGAUUCUUUGUCCUAAACGCAGAGAGCAAUGUGGACUUGUUCUGCAGAUCAUGUACAUAAUUUAUUAUCCCUCGAUUAUGUAUUUAUCUCUAGACGAUUACUUUGUGGUUCUUGUAUGUCUCUGUUUGUUGUGUGAUUCAUGCCGGUUUUUUCUCCUUCAUCAAAUUUUGUUUCGGUCGUUUUUAGUUGAUCUAGAAUCGAACCAGAGUUUGUUCAGUAUUUAGUUACAAAUGAAAAAUCCUGUUAUACCAUUCGUUAAACGUUUCUUAGAAAUGAGUCAUUA